CAAAACCUGCUCUCGUUGGGGGGAUCGUGAUCACGUUCUGACUAUCCUCCACGUGAUGGACACGGUCACCUGCGUGGUCCUCUUGUGGUUCGUAUGGGCGGCCGAUGGGAUGCCGGACCCGGCUCGGAGGGACCUGCUGACGCGGCAGGAGACGUCCAGGCAGACGGGCGGCCGGGUGACGCUGACGGCGGCCGAGCAGAAGCUGGACGGCCGGCUGCGUCGCUGGAAGGAGAGAGAGAUGUCCGCCGGGCCGUUCCCUCCGGCCGUCCACUUCUUCAGAGCGAGGCCUCUCAUCCGGGAGAGUCCGGUCUUCAAGCUGCUGCAGGAGAUGCCGAAAGGUGCGGCCCUCCACAUCCACGCCUCCUCCCUGGUGGGCGUCGACUGGCUGGUGAAGAACGUCACGUACCGGCCUCACUGCUACGUCUGCUUCACCUGGGACGACUCGGUCCGCUUCUUCUUCUCCGCCCGUCGGCCGUUCCCGCGCUGGGACUGCGUCCACUGGCAGCUGCUCCGGGACCUGAGGGCCCGGAUAGGAGACGCCACGGGCUUCGACGACAGUUUAAUGCAGCGCCUCACGCUGUUCACCGAGGAUCCAGAGGGCGAAUACCCGAGCCAAGAGGUCGUGUGGGAGAAGUUUGAGAAGGCCUUCAUCGCCGCCGCCGGCCUCAUCACGCACGCGCCCGUGAUGAGGGACUACUUGUACAAGGGCCUGGAGGAGCUGCUGCACGACAACAUCCUGUACCUGGAGCUCAGGAGCGGCCUCUCGCAGACGUACGAGCUCGACGGAGUCGUCCACGAUAAGGUCUGGACUCUGAACGCGUUCCCGGGAGGUCAAGAGGUCGUUCGUAGCGGACCAUCCGGACUUUCUCGGGGCGCGUGUCAUCGUCUCCAUGCACAGGUCGGCAGGGAGGACGGCGGACGCCCUCUUUGGUACUUCCGGGAGGCGCUUUCUCUGCCGGCUGACCUCGGGGUCACGCUGCCGUAUUUCUUUCACGCAGGCGAAACAGAUGACGAAGGCACCGACGUGGAUCAAAACAUUCUCGACGCUCUUCUGUUCAACACCACGCGCAUCGGCCACGGCUUCGCUCUGCUCGCCAGAGAGCUGUCGAGGAAAAGGAACGUGGCCGUGGAGCUGUGCCCAAUCUCAAACCAGGUGCUGAGGCUGGUGUCGGACCUUCGGAACCACCCUGCCGCGGUGCUGAUGUCGGAGGGCCACCCGAUGGUGAUCAGCUCCGACGACCCGUCUCUGUUCGGCACCACGGGCUCCUACGACUUCUAUCAGGCCUUCGUCGGCAUCGGAGGGUUGAGGGCCAACCUGGGCACUCUGAAAGAGCUGGCGCUCAACUCCAUCAGGUGGACAUCGGGUCUCCAGAUGUAUUGUCUACUUUUAUGGGUUUUAUAGGGAAUAUUGUAUUUUUUUUCUUAUCGUCAACAAAUCCCAUAAAACAAAGAAUUAUUCCUACUAAAAUGUAACUGUUACUUAAUUAUGAGCAUGUUUACUUUAUCUAAAAUUACCCGAACCCCACAACAAUUGUAUUAAUCCGCGUAAAAUAGUCACCACCAAACAAACUAUUUCCUCAAGACUUUUAGAGAAGGAACAAAUAAUGGAAAUGUCACUCUUGCCUGUCUUCAAAACUUGAGAGCCUUGCUGCCAUAUUUAAACAAUUCAAAUUAAAUGCUUCACUAGAACUUCUGUCGUCUUUGUUAACGAGACCUCGAUACUUCUCUUGGUUCGACGUAGGCAAGGAGACGCUGCAGCAUCUCGAAGCUCCAAUAGGAGCUUAACCCCUUUUUCUGGGGAGCAAUGCGACCCGCAUGCGUUCAGUCCUGUGCACCGACAUGCUUGUAUUCAUAAACCAAAGAAAAGGGCACUUUGCAGGUCGUAUUUUUUGGCAUAAACGAGAACUAAAUGAAAAUAUUUCACAGCUUUUCUUGCUCCCUUUGACUCGUGGAGCCAUGUCGUCCCCGAUCGAUCUCCGAGAGGUCGGUUUUCAUUUGUGACCGCGCCGCCUCGGUCCCGCCCGCCGGGCUGCUCUCAGUGGUCUUUGAUGAGAUGUUGGAUCUUCCAGCUCUGACCAGUGCACUGCUGAACAACCAGCAUGUAGCAGCCGUCCUCACCCGUCACCAAUUCCAGGCAUCUCUUGGUUUCUCUGUUCUGGAUGGGUCCAUCCUGGGGUGUAACAACAACAUGUAUUUCUCUCCAAACAGACCAACCUGUGACCAAGUGGACACCACCAUUCAAAAGUUUGGCGUCACUUAAAUGUCCUUAUUUUUCACUGUUUUUUAAUGAAGAUAACAUUCAUAAACAAUUAUAAAUCCACUCUACAUAGUUAAUGUGAUAAAUGACUAUUCUCUGGUGUUUAAUGAAGUCUCUACAGAGGCGUGUAGAGGCCCAUCUCCACUGUUCUAAUGGUACAUUGUGUUAUCACCUUAGAAGACUGGAGGAGUAUAAAACCCUUUUUAUCUUAGCGCAGCUGAAAACAGUUAUGCUGGUGAGAGAAGCUAUAACAAUGGCCUUCCUUUGAGCGACAAGUUUGAAGAACAUUAAUAUUUCAAAUAAAAAUGUAUUACUAACCUU